AUGUCUGGUGAAAAUCAUAACUAUACAUCUGAGUCUGGGAGUGAUACAACAGAGACAACCACUUAUUACUUGCAGCCUAUAAAUUAUGCAGUUUCCCCUCGGGAGCUGAGUUUGUGCAUCCACAAGUUGAUAGAAUUUAGGCUUCGAGUACGCAUCGAGGAGCUUGAGAUAGCACUGGAGAGUAUUGAAAAAGAGGCUCAAACUCUGGACUUGGAUCUCUGCCUUUUCUGUCACAAGAGGAUUCUUGAGGAGGAUGGGCAAUGUCCAGGCUGUAGGAACCAAUAUGAUUGUGAACCUGUCGAGGGAGAGGCAACUUUAGAUGGAGGCAGCUUGACGUUUCAAUUGGCUCGUUCUUGUAGCAUGAUAUCGAGGUCGUAG